ACCACCACGGACGAAGAGCAGAGCAAACGGAAUUCUACCCCGUCACGUCUUCCGCUUGCUUUACUCAUUCGAGCGCGAAGAAGAGGAGGACGACGACGACGGCGAAAAUGGACGUCCCCGGCGCGAUCGCCGCCGACCGGCCGACCGUCAUGGUCACCAACGACGACGGCAUCGACGCCCCCGGCCUGCGGUCCCUCGUUCGCGUCCUCGUCUCCUCCGGCCGCUACAACGUCCAAGUCUGCGCUCCUGAUUCGGAAAAAUCGGCUGUUAGCCAUAGUAUCACAUGGCAGCACCCUCUUGCGGCUAGGCGAGUGGACAUCGAAGGAGCAACUGCAUUUGCAGUCGCAGGCACACCAGCAGAUUCUGCUUCAUUGGGAAUCUCUAAGGCACUUUUCCCAUCAGUCGCUGAUCUGGUAAUCAGUGGUAUUAACAUGGGUAGCAACUGUGGAUAUCACAUUGUAUAUUCUGGCACAGUUGCUGGUGCUCGCGAGGCGUUCUUCCAUGGGGUGCCCUCUAUUUCAUUAUCAUAUGAUUGGGUGUUUGGAGGCAUACGCAGCGAGCAAGACUUCACACUUGCUGCUGAGGCUUGCUUACCUAUUAUUGGUUCGAUUUUGUCUGAGAUCAAGAAGAGCAGUUAUCCCAGAGAUUGUUUCUUGAAUAUAGAUCUGCCAACAGAUGUUGCAAAUCAUAAGGGCUAUAAGCUCACUAAGCAGGGGAGAAGCAUAAUCCAGAUGGGAUGGAGACAAGUGACCUCGGACAUGCAUGGAGGGAAGAUGUUAUCGACAAUGACAAUGGAUAUGGAUUCACUGGUGUCGACAGAAGCAGAUGUAUCAUCUACGUCUCAGGAACAUCUUCUAUUUAAGAGAGAAGUAAGAGGAGCCCAAGUUGAUGAUGAUGCUACAGAUCAUCGAUUUCUGAAGGAAGGAUUUAUCACUGUUACGCCCCUUGGUGCUCUUUCCCCAGCGAAUGUGGAAUGUGAGGCCUUUUUUAAGGAUUGGCUGCCAAAUGUGGCUUAAUGCCCUUCACUGGCUUCCUAACGCUGUUAGAUGCCUUUUGUGACUAAUAAAUAUGAGUUGAGGAUUGCUUCUCUAUGUGGAAAUUAUAUACUUCAAACUCAAGUUAUUGUCAAGGUCAUUCAUUUUUUAAGCCAUGUCUUGUGCCAUCUCUUUGCCUGGGAAUCUUAAACUUCGGUAAAUGGUGUCAAUGUCAAGUAAGAAUUGUACGAGAUCUCAAUUUUCCCAGUUAAUACAAAUGGGGUCCGUUCACAUUUGACUACUGAAAAUAAUGGCAUCUUCCCAAUGCAAUUUAUGUGCAGGAUUGAUCUUAA